CUUUAUCAACUACAUGUAUAUCGAAUCUCAAGAAGUGGCAAAUUUCAGUUCAGACUUUCAACAAGUCAAAGUUAAUAUUUUGACAUAAAAAUGACUGAUACAAAGAUGACAGUGGCUGAUUUAAUUAAAACAAAAUGUGUGAUAAUGAAUGGCUGUCUUUUGCCACCAAACUAUGAUUGGCCACAUGUAAAAAAAUUAAACAAACUACCAAUAAGAGAGGAUGAUAUAUUGAUAGCAUCAUACAUGAGAUCAGGAACUCAUUGGACAGCAGAACUUGUGGACUUGGUGAGAAACAAUGGUGAUACAGAGGCCAUCAAAGCACAGAUUCAUAGACGAAUGCAUUUUCUAGGAAUAUCAGAUAAAGCACUCCGAGGUGAAAUUAAUGCGUUCGAAGACGAGCCUGAUGGAAGCUGUUUUGAUGAGCUCGAAAAUAUGCAGUCUCCUAGGUUACUGGUAUCUCAUCUUCCAGCUAAAUUCAUGCCUGAAGAUGUUAUCCAAGGGAAAUGCAAGAUAAUUCUUGUCUUACGAAACCCAAAGUCUGUGACAGUUAGCAAUACAUUUUUGCUCAAUGGUUUUGGAGCAGCCUUUACUGAGCCUAUAACAGUGGAUAUAAUGAUGAACUCAUUGAUGACAGACAGUGGAGAAAAAACCCAAUGUGGCACAUGGCUUCAACAUGUUGAAUCUUGGAUGAAGAUGAAGGAACAACUGAAGGAGAAAUUAUUAGUAAUCCACUAUGAAGACAUGGUCAAGGACUUGAUUGGUGUUGUGAAAUCAGUGGCCAAGUUUCUUGGAAAAGAGUUUACAGAUGAAGAACUUGCGAAAAUAGUUCACCACCUCCAGUUUAAACAGAUGAAAGCAAAUCCAGCAACUGGGGAUGCAUUUGCUGAUGUAGUAAAGAUGAUCGGUUUGAAGGAUUCAUCUGAUGCCCCGCAUAUGAGGAAAGGGACUAUAGAUGACUGGAAGAACCAUAUGACUGUAGCCCAGAGUGAGGCUAUAGAU